AUGGCGGAUGAUGAAGACCAAAAAGGAGAAUAUGGAGAAGAAGAAGAAGAAGGGACAGAGGAAGCAGUUGUAGAGGAAGUAGAAGAAGAAGUGGAGGAGGAGUCUAUUCUAACUGAGUAUGAUCCUGAUGAUUUUAUAUCCGGCGCUGUCAUCAGCCUCGAUACAACAAUUCCUUAUGAUUUAUUCGAAUUUGAGUAUCCUUUAAAAUCGUACAGAAAGGACCCCAACUAUCGUAUAGCGAUCGCUGAAGGUAGAGAAGGGCAUAGAGAACCUCUGAUAUUGAUAUACACCUGGCCACAAAUGGAGAUCGACGCCGUUUUGCGAGACGGGACAUCCAAUGCUUAUUCUAUUCUGGAUUUUAGUCCUGACGGUGAACUGCUAGCAUCUGUAGGAAAAGAGCCCGAUUAUAACUUAACUAUAUGGACGUGGAAGCGACAUAAAAUCUUACUUAGAACGAGCGCUUUUACAUUUGACGUUAAUUCCGUCAUGUUUUCGCCAUAUUGUCCUGGUCAGCUCACAACAGCCGGUGCCGCACACGUCAAGUUUUGGAAGAUGGCUAACACCUUCACAGGGCUAAAAUUGAAGGGGGAACUUGGCAGAUUUGGAAAAACAGAAAUCUGUGAUGUACUUGGCGUUUAUCCAAUGCCGGAUGAGAAGGUAUUGUCUGGUUGUGAAUGGGGUAACGUUUUAGUCUGGGAAGCUGGUCUUGUGAAGUUGGAAGUUACACAACGUGGACGGAAGACCUGUCAUAAAGCUCCGGUGAUACAGUUCAUGUUAAGCCCUGCUGGUGAUGAGGUCACAACAAUUGCUCGUGAUGGCUGCGUACGCGCAUGGUACUGGGAUACGGUGGAACAAGCAGAUCCACCGGAAGACGAUCCAUAUGUGGAACUUAAUCCUGUAGCAGAAACUUGUGUGCCAGGCUGUCAAAUUAUGUGUCUAAAACACCAAAAGGAUAUGUUUUGGUAUGCUCAGGAUGGUAACGGUGGUGUUUGGACUGUAGAGCUGGAAAUAGACAAAAUUGAAUGCAACCAUCGAAAAGUAAUGACGUGCCAUGCGGGUCCUGUUGUUGCUAUGGCGAUAAUGCGGACGCACCCAAUAUUGGUGACUGCAGGGCAGGAUGGGGCGUUACAGGCUUAUAAUACAGAGACGCACGCGCUGCUUGCAAGAUAUCAAUUCCAGGCUGGUGUAACCUGCUUGCUGUAUCCACCUAUAGAUGUUGACGAGACGUCUUGCAUGAUUAUAGUUGGCUUUGCGGAUGGGAUUAUGCGCGUACUCUUCAUUCAUCCUGAUCGUUUAUUAGCGCAAUCCACUCUAGUCGAAGUACGUGUUCACUCAGCGCUCACUAUACAUAGCGAAGAUUCUGUGAAUGCUGAUGUAUUAGAUUUAAUUUGCUUACUAAAACCUCAUUCAAAAUCGCUCACACAAAUGACGAUAAAUGAACAACGAACAUUGUUGAUAACGUGUGGUGAAGACAGCACUAUAUUCUUGUAUAGAUUGGUGGUCGAUACACCCUUCAGGCUGCAUCGAUUAGGAUUUAUAGACACGCCUAACAAUAUUGCUUAUAUGACUUGGAAACCUGAUGAAGAGCGUGUGAUUCUUCUCUGCGGUCAAGUAGGUUUUAUUAUGGAGGCCGUGUUACCAGAUGUACCCAUUCGCGAAUACACUGAGAUCACAACCUUCAAAUUAGAUUUCGUGUCUUAUAAGGAGAUUCUCGUUAAAAAACAUUUCAUGCGCAAUCGGCCAUUCCCAACGGAAGAAGAUCUAGCAAGUAUUGAUGAAGAAGCACUUAAAGCUAAGGAAGAAGCAGAAAAGGAAAAGGAUGAGGACGAAGAAGAAGAAUGGCUUGGAGAAAUACAAUUAAUGGAAAGCGACAGCAUGCUCGGUACUACGAUAACAUGGGCAGAGUAUUGCGAAGAAGGUAUAUGGGUCGUACAGCGUGGUACAGGGGCUUUGUUCCUAGUGACACCUGGACAAAACAAAAUCUUGAAAUAUGGCCCCUUCCCCGGCGCUUGGUGUGAUGACAUAACUGCUUUGAAGUUUGUCUGCGAUCAUCGCUAUUUGAUUGUCGGCACCAAUACUGGUUACAUAAGAGUUGUACGAAUGCCGACUGACGAGGAAGAUACUCCGGAACAACAUUAUGUGAUUUGGAUGACGGCUCAACAGAAGCUACUCAAAAAACUAAAAGGCCGACGCCUUGCUAAGGAAGAACCUCAACCUACGCCGCGUAUUGAUUUUAAUGACUCCUACUAUCUACCAAUGCAUGAUCACUAUACUGGGGCUAUUACAUGCUUGGAAUUCAGUGGAGAUGGGAAUCGCUUCUACACGUGUGGCGAGGAUGGAAAUAUUUUCUCCUACUUCGUCAACUUUCCGGAGCCUCUUAUACAUUUACCGCCUAAGCGGAAACCAUUGGAGAUACCGAAAGUGGAAAGAACCCGAGAGCCGAGUACAUUGGACGGAGAAUUGAUGUCUCACGAGCAAUUAAAGCAAAAGGAGGAAUUCGACAAGAUGAUGGCUAUAGCUAAUGCGCAUAAAAAACGUGUUCGAGAUCAACUAGCAGAAAUCACAGCGGAAUACAACAAGAUUAUAAAAGCAAAUCGGGCUUUACCAUUUUCACAAAGAAUUGACGUCACACUGGAUCCUCGACCCUUGCAAGUACAAGAAGACGAAUUAGACGAGCUUAAGGCUUUGACCAAGCGGAAACUCGCCCAUCAGCUUGAAGCUUCUGACCUCGCCUUGCACAAAAUGUAUUCAAGGAAUAUUAUUCAGUUGGACGUGUAUCCUUUUACUUUGAAAUGCAUCAGGGAUCCGGAAGUAAUGAUAAGACCUCUCCGUCAAAAGAACCUCUCCAAAGCGUUCUAUAAUCAAUUGGAAGAAGUACACCAAAAGAUGGCUGAAGCCGCUCUACGUGGCAGACGAGCUGACACCACAGCUCGCAAAACCGCUGCUAGAAAGGCCUCCUGGGGUCCCCCACGAGUAGCUUCUUUCCUCCUUGGCUUGCCGCCUAAACCACCUCAUCCAUUGAAGAAGGCACUCCGAAAUUAUCACCAACGGCUCAAAAGACAUCAUCUUCAAUUGAUUGAGUGGCAAGAGCAUUUAUCUCGCAAACCGGAUCCCAAUGCUAUGCCCCCAGGUGCAGCGGAAGCCCUGAAAGAGGCAGAGGCUACGAUAGGAAACAGGCUACUCAAAACACAGCCUGAUUAUGUCGCCCCACCUGGGCAUAACACACAGUUGCGCGUCUGUCUUGCGAGAAAAGAGAUAUACGACAACAAGCGAGCUUUCAACGAGAAAAUUCUCCAACUGAGAGAACAUAAAGUGAAACUUGUGGCGCGUAUGAAGGAAAUAGGGGAACGAUUAGCAGAAAUACGUGUUGAGAUACCACAGAAAAUGGCAAAACCACCGCCUCCCAUACCACAAAUUGAUGAUGAUUUGGAAUUUCCCGAGAAGAACCUGGAGAUCAAGCCAGUAGUAAUUCAGGCGAGUGCGAGGCAAACAAUUGCUUCGCGUAAGACGAUGGAACGAAGGAAAUCUACCUUGUAUCCCCAACAGAGGGUUCGCCAGCCACGUGUAGCUCGUUUUGUACCACUAUCAGAGUCGCGACCUCUUGCCGCUACAUGGGAAUUUCUCAAGUAUCGAUCCGAUCAAGAAUCGUUUCCAAUGGAAGCCGAAAUACGGGAACGACGUAUUGAAAGGCAUCUUUACGAACAAGACAUGCUUCUAGCGGACGCUGAAGUGUCCGUCCAACAAUUCGAUUCGAGGCUCAGACAACUACAAAGAGAACGUAUCCGAGUACAAGAAAAAAAUCAACUACUUGAGCUACACCUCUAUCAACUUCAUAGAGAAAUGAACGUUUUAAACCGAUUUGAGGCGCACGAGGAUCGUUUAGCUGAAAGAGUAUAUGCAAAGUUAAUGCAGGUUCGCGGAGUACAAGACCAAAUUCAAGACUGUGAGCAUCGUAUUGAUGAGCAUCAAGCAGAAAAAGAAAGACUGGAUGGAGCCUGCCAGGAGCUUCAAAGGCAAUUCAAGAGGCUGGUGCAAGAUAAUAAAUUCGCUGAUUUUCUACGAAGAAUAUUUAAAAAGAAGUACCGUCCUCCUCGAGACAGAGAUGAAGAUGAAUCAUCGGAAUCUGAAUCAUCUUCGUCAUCGAGUGAAGAAGAAGAUGAAGGCAGCUUAGAUAGUCGAGAUAUAGGACCUAUUCGGCUAGACCCAAAUGUAUGCCCAGAGGGUUGUGAUGUUGACAUUUAUAAUAAAACUUACGACUUGAGGAAUACCAGGCACAAGCACGAACAAGACAUAAUAGAACAGGACCGAUUAGUUGAACUCUUGCGGAGGGACAUCGAUGCACAUAACAAAGUGAAACGGAAGUUUUCUGUCCAAUUGGAGAAGAGGAAAAAUGAUCUCCGAGAAUUUAUGAUGGAAAAGCAAAGUUGCAUGAACGACGUAGACCAGGUCGUCAUUUUGCGAUAUGACCAAAUCAGGGCAUCAGCGAUCCGCGGCUGCACUGGCCCGCAAGGUUUGUCACAGACCGUGGUGUUUCCUGAACAAAUGCUGGCUAAGUUGCGUAAACGAGUUUUGGAAUUGCACGAUGAAAUAAAACAGCAGAAGCAAAGACAGAAAGUAAACCGCACCCACUUGUUUCGCAUGAAUAUUGAUUUACGUGAAAUGGAAGCAAGGGCGGAGGAGUUACGCGCCAAAAUGCGUGACAUCUUAACAAGGAAGCUGGGAAAACCGCGUCGCGUGGAUCGCACUUUGGAUGAUUUGCUACGACAGAUGGCGCGAAGGCACAAGUUUUCCACUACUUUGGGCACAUUGCCACAAAUUUUGAAACAGCUACGUGGUUGGAGGGAACGCCACGGUGAAUUAGAGAAGAAAUACCUCGCCACUCUGGAACGGUACUCCGAUCGCUUACGACUUGCAGCGGCAUUGCAGGCAGACGUAUUACCACAGAAACCUAAAAAAGACCCCUCUGUAAUGGUAGGAGGUUACGAGCAAGACCAGUACCAACGCGAUGUGAGACUCCGUGAAGAGAUACUCAGUCUGCGUCUAAAGCCGCUGUCGUACCGACCGCCGCUGCAGAAAGCAAGUCCACCAGAGUCAGAUCGCUCCCACAUCUACCUAUUCCAAGUACCUCACACGUCUCGCAUGAUGCGAAAGAAAUACUUUCCCAUAACUCCGUUGGGAUCCGUUCAACUGGUAUAUGAUGUGAACGUAAUGAAACUCCUGUAUGACUGUCUUGAUUCGAUGAGAGUAACGCGUGACGAUGCAGAUGAACUACUUCGCGAGCUGACCGCUGAAUUACCCGAUGUCAUCUCCGGUGCAAAAACUCGUUUCGAAGUAGUCGACAUGUUAGUUCGCAAGUGGUUGCUGAAGUAUGGAGGAGACCCGAGCAUGUACAAGAAACAGACACGAGCGUUUGAUGCGCUUGCGGCGUUAGCUGAUCGACUUAUUAGACAACACGUAAG